AUGGUGAUCGAAGCGCCCACUUUCCCUGGGGCACAUGGAGACGUUCAGCGUAUUCUUUCUUCGUCUCGCCUCUCUGCUCUUCAGCGCAACGGUCCGACCGGAAUCAUCAAGAUUCUCUUGACUCCGGAGGACUUCGGGAACUUCACAAAUAGAUCAUUGAUGUUGAGAAUCGGCUAUGGGUACAAAGAGGAUUUUCCCUUGGGAGUCGAAGAAACAGUCUUGGCUUCAUUUGAGAGCCCCGUCGACGGGAAUACAACGGUGGCCGUGGAGGGCGAUGAAGCCUGGGUCCAUUUGUUGACGCGGAAGAUGAUCGAUCCCUUCAGAGUUUUUUAUACCACCAAAGACGAAAGACCACCCACGAACGUCACUACCUCCACCACCGAGGCAGAGCCAAGCAAAACCACAACCGGCGUCCCAGGUGAAUUCCCUAUCCUUCCGUUGCAGAAAGGAGAUCCACUGCAGCUGCUGCACAACCUAACAGAAUCCAUCGAGGACGAAGGAGGACUUACGGGGGACGAGAUCGACGAAUUGGUCGACUUCCUAGGUCCCCUCUUCGACGAGUUCCUCGACAGCCUCGACGAAUACCCCUCGCCGCUCGAAAGGAGCAACAAGUACCUGGCGAAUUACAGUCGGACCGUGGAGCAAGUGCUUCUCUCCUUCGACGGAUGGCUCAAUUUGACACAGAUGUCUCGAACUGAGAACUUCGCCAGGUUGACGUCGAAUUUUGCCGACAACGGACUGCAGCUGUUGGAGAAGCUUCUUUUGAACAUGACGGAACUGGAAUUCCUCCGAUCAACGACAGUCUUCACGGUCGAAGUUCGAAGCGGGACGAAAGGGAGCCUGACCGGCCCUGUCGUCUUUCCCUCGGCAGGGGGCGACACGUAUUUGACGUUGCCGGCAAGUUUUCAGGACGAUGUCGGCGGCGACUACUACUCCUUUGUCGGCGGAUUGUACAACGUCCGGGAUCUGAAUGUUCUGCUUCCGGGACAUCAGAAUUUAUUUGGAGAUAACAAAGUCGUAAAUACUAAGUUGCUCAGCUUCUCCAUGAAGAUCAGCGGGGCUGUCAACCUAACCGAUCCGGCAACCCUGACCUUCCGGAACGUCCGGUCCCCGCGAAGUCCGCCGUACGCGGAAAUCUGGCGACACCUUCACGACGGAGAGGAGCCGACCUUCAUUCCCUCAUCUCAUCGAUGCGUUUUUUGGAACGUCAACGGAUCUGGCAGCGGCUUCUGGGACACAGAGGGCCUCCGUGAGGUUUCCUCAGAUCGAGACGACACCGUUUGCCAAUCGCACCACUUUACCAACUUUGCGGUCCUAAUGAGUAUUCACGGCUACGUAGUGGGAUGCGCUGUGGCAGCGAUCUUCCUUCACUUUACCUUCCUGUGCGUCUUCACCUGGAUGGCUCUGGAAGGGUGGCGCCUGCAUAGCAUGCUGCAAAUGGUGCAGAGACGAAGCUUCUCUCUUCGAUUCUAUCUCAUGGUGGGGUACUCUGUGCCGGUGGGGAUUGUGGCCAUUACGACUGGUGUGUCCUUUGGGACUGGGAGUCGCGGUUACGGCGAGGGAGAAUUCUGCUGGCUGUCCUCGCCUGGGUACAUCUGGGCGUUUGCGGCUCCAGUCCUCUUGGUCGUGGGUGCCAAUUCCAUUCUCCUUUUUCGGGUGUUGAGCAAGGUGAAGAAAGUCGGGAGAGUUCCAAGUGGGAUGCAGAAGCAUCAGGCAGAGAGCAAGCAUGUGAGCAGUGCGGUGCGGGUGUUCUCCCUCGCGAGUCUCCUCGGAUGUGGAUGGUUGCUGGGGGUCCUGCAGAUGGAGGUCUCCCCGGUCUUUGCCUACUUCUUCGUCGUUGUUGGGUGCUCCCAAGGCAUCGGGAUCUUCGUCUUCUAUUGCUGCAUGGUCCCAGACAUGAGAGAGAAGCUGGUUCGCUACCUUAGGUUCUACAGACACACGUACUACAUUUUCCGUCGCAAGCCGACCAAGAAGACCAGCGACGCUCCACUUUGGAAGCAUUACCGACUUCAUGAGCUGGUCUGGUCGACCGACUCGCGGCGACUCAGCGACGAUCGUUGGGAAGGCAUGGCGACCAGGGUCUUCCGUAUUGCAGCACGAGGUGCACCGACUGGUCUUCUGACGGUCUGGGAGAGCUACCAUUGUCCUGCGAUGAUUGCAAACAAGAUCUUACAGGAACUGAGGGAAUCCUGGUUCCAUGCGUCGACGACACCGGACAAGUUCCUCGAUAUCAGAAACGAUGACGUUGACACGAUCGAGAUCGUACUGACACCUGAGGAUUUCGGGGAAUUCGAAGAGAGAAGCCUGUUGUUGAAGAUAGGUUAUGGAUACAAAGACGAUUUCCCACCGGGAAAUGAGGAAAGCGAACUGGCUUCCUUUGAUGGCCCUGUGACAGAGAAUAUAAGUGUGAAAGUGAGUUGCGAUGACGCUUGGGUUAGCAUGCUGAACCGCAACUCUCCGAUGCAUCCUAUCAGAAUCUCCUACAUCAUGAAGAAAGAAGGGACACCAUAUAACACGACGAUGUCAACAACAAAUGACAUCACGACGGUCUCUACUGAAAUCUCAAUUUCCCACGAAACGGAGGAUUCAGAUCCUCCGGGCAAAGGAACCGAAUUGACCACUACGAGUCCCAAAAAGAUGCUUUGCGAAUCGAUGGGAAAUUGCAUACAGAACGUGACAGGAUACCAGGGAUUCCUGGAACCCUGUGUAAAUGCCGAAGGAGAAGUUCCUGCGUAUCAGCAAUGCCUGUGGAACAUCCUCAGAUACGAUGCUAUGGACUUAAUCGAGAUCGUACUCACAACUGAAGAUUUCGGGGAUUUCGAAGAGAGAAGCCUGUUGUUGAUGGUGGGCUAUGGAUACAAAGACGAUUUCCCAGGGGCAACAGAUGAAACUGUACUGGAUUCAUUUGAAAGCCCUAUGACGGAGGAUGUGACUGUGAAAAUACCUUGCAAUGACGCCUGGGUUAGCAUGCUGAUCCGCAACGGGCCGAUCAACCCUUUUAGGAUCUCCUAUUUCACAUUUCAUGAUGAAAUUCAAUGCAACGCGUCAACAACAACCGACAUCACGACGGACACUACUGAAACCACAAGUUCCUACGCAUCGGACGACACAUAUCCCUUCGUCACAGGAAUCGAAUUGUCCACUCCUGAUCCCACGCUCUGCGAUUCGAUGGGAGAAUGCAAACAGAACCUGACAGGGCACGCGGGAUUUCUAGAACCCUGCGUAAAUAUCGACGGAGAAGUUCCUGCAUUUCAGCAAUGCCUGUGGAACAUCCUCAGAUACGAUGCUAUGGACUUGAUCGAGAUCGUACUCACAACUGAAGAUUUCGGGGAUUUCGAAGAUGGAAGCCUGUUGUUGAGGGUGGGCUAUGGAUACAAAGACAAUUUCCCAGAGGUAACAGAGGAAUCCAUACUGGAUUCAUUUGACAGCCCUAUGACGGAGGAUGUGACUGUGAAAAUACCUUGCAAUGACGCCUGGGUUAGCAUGCAGAUCCUCAAGGAGCCGAUGAACCCUUUCAGGAUCUCCUAUUUCAUAUUUCAUGAUGAGGAAGAAUGCGACACGAUGUCAACAACCGACAUCACAACUGACACUACUGAAAUCUCAAGUUCCUCCGAUACCGAUUCCUCGGUCACAGGGACCACUACUGAUCCCACGACGACGCUCUGCGAUCCGAUGGUAAUAUGCAAACAGGAUCUGACUGAGAGCACGGGAUUUCUUGAACCCUGCGUAAAUACCGAGGGAUUAGUUCCUGCAUUUCAGCGAUGCCUGUGGAACAUCGUCGGGAACGAUGGGAUCGACACGAUCGAGAUCUUACUGACGCCUGAGGAUUUUGGGGAAAUUGAAGAUGGAAGCCUGCUGUUGAGAAUUGGCUAUGGAUACAAAGACGAUUUCCCAUUAGGACCUGAAGACACAGAAUUGGCUUCAUUUAACGGCCCUGUGACACAGAAUGUGACUGUGAAAGUGACAUCCAAAAUUGCCUGGGUUAGCAUGCUGGUCGCCAUGGAUCCGAUCGACCUUUUCAGGAUCUCCUAUAUCAUGAAGAAGGAAGGGACGCCGAAUGUAACGAUGGAACCAGAAGGACUUCUGGACUUUUUCUGGGACCAGGUGAGUCUCUACAUGGCCUCAAUGGAAUAUCUUCGGUGGCACCUGCAUAGCAAGCUGCAAAUGGUGCAGAGACGGAGCUUCUCGCUUCGAUUCUAUCUCAUGGUCGGGUACACCGUGCCGGUGGGGGUUGUGGCUAUCACGGUUGGUGUGUCCUUUGGGACUGGGAUUCGCUAUUACGGAGAGGGAGAAUUUUGCUGGCUGUCCUCGCCUGCUUACAUCUGGGGGUUUGCGGCUCCAGUCCUGUUGGUCGUCGGUGCCAAUUCCAUUCUCCUUAUUUGGGUGUUCAGUAAGGUGAGGAAAGUCGGGAGGGUUCCUAAUGGGAUGCAGAAACAUCAGGCAGAGAGUAAUUCUGUAAGCAGCGCUGUGCGGGUGUUCUCCCUCGUGUGUCUCCUCGGUUGCGGAUGGUUGCUGGGGGUCCUGCAGAUGGAGGUCUCGCCGGUUUUCGCCUACUCCUUCGUCGUUGUUGGCUGCUCGCAAGGCAUCGGUAUCUUCAUCUUCUACUGCUUCAUGGUCCCAGACAGAAGAGAAAAGCUGGUUCGCUGCCUCAAGAUCUACUGA